AUGGCCGAUGACCAACGGUCCCCACCAAAAAACAAUGAUGUCUUCAUUACAGACAUGAACAUUCGCAGAACAAAGAAUCAAUCCAUUGACAUUACUAACGACAACAUCUCAAAAUCUUCUAGAAGCUCCGUUGACUCUCAAAGACCGAUACCACCUCCAACACCACCACCACCAUCACCACCUGGAACAUAUAUUUUUCAACUCCCUAAAGAGCAGAUCUACCGUCUUCCUCCGCCGGAGAACGCUCGCCGUUACGAGGAUCUCUCUCGCCGGAAGCUUAACCGAUCAUCUUAUCGCCGGUGUUUCUGCUACUCCUUAGCUGCUCUACUCGUUCUCGUCACCCUCGCGGCGGUUCUUGUCGGGAUCUUCUUCCUCGUUUGCCGACCGCAUAAGCCGAUGUUCUCCGUGAGUGGAGUCUCCAUCGCCGGAGUCAACCUAACGUCGCUAAUAUCUCCGUCAAUCAAAAUUAACUUGCGUGCUGAGAACGUUAACAAGUUUCUCGGGUUAGUAUACGGCGGAGGAGGAAGCGCGGCGGUGAUUUUCUACGACGGAGUCAAACUAGGUGACGGCGAGUUAACGCCGUUUGUUCAGCCGGCGGAUAAGGUAACGGAGACGGAGACGACGUUAAGGGGGACGGUGAUCGAGUUAGCGAGCUCGACGCGGGAAGGUUUGAAGGAAGCUGAGGAGAAAGGAAACGUGGCGUUUGAUUUGAGGGUUAAAGCGCCGUUUAAGUUUAAGGUUAGGGCCGUGACCAUGUGGAAGAUGGUUGUUACUGUGGACUGUAAAGUAACAGUGGAUAAGCUGACGUUGGCAACAACUGUGAUAACGGAGAAUUGCGUUACAGAAGACAUAGUUAUUUGGUAA